AUGCUCUGCGUAGGGACAUCCAUUGGAUUGUUCGUCGCUGGACGCAUCUUCCAAGGCAUGUCGGCCGCGAUAGUAUGGACGGCAGGUCUGGCGCUGCUCGCCGACAACGUGGAGAAAGAAGAACUGGGUAAAUGCUUAGGCUUUAUCAGCAUGUCCAUGAGCGCUGGAACGUUUCUGGGCCCACUGUUGGGAGGUGUUGUCUAUGAUCAUGGUGGCUACUAUGCUGUUUACGCCAUGGCAUUCGCACUGAUCACCUUCGACCUUCUCCUUCGACUCGUGUUGAUCGAGAGGAGUGUAGCGCGGAAGUAUCUCGCUGCUGCCGAUCGAUAUAGCAAUGUGGAAUUGCAGAGCGACAUUCCAAGGGGAGAUGGGUUUUCUGUCCCCCAGCCCCAGUGUAUCGACGAUCAAAUCACAACACGGGUGAGGUCUCCAACGAUGAUCUGGCUUCUUGGAUCGCGUCGACUUUUAGUUGCACUCUUUGCUGCCAUGGUUUUCGGGACUAUGCUAACGAGUUUCGAUGCUGUACUCCCCCUUUUCGUUAUGGAAACAUUCGACUGGUCCUCCACAGGAAGCGGUCUCAUAUUCCUUACAAUCUUCAUCCCUUCUCUCCUGGGACCUUUCAUCGGCCAUUUGACAGAUAAACACGGCCCAAAGCGUUUCGCCGCGAGCGGUUUCUUCUUCGCUUUACCAUUCUACGUCCUCCUCCGGCUGACGACGCACAAGAGCCUACGACAAGAGGUUCUCCUAUGCGCACUGAUUAGUCUAAUCGGGCUCUGUAUAGCCCUUAUCAACACACCUAUCUUUGCCGAAAUCGUCCACAUCGUCUACGAGAAGGAGAGACAGCGUCCAGGAAUCUUUGGGGAAGCAGGUGCUAUGGCGCAGGCAUAUGCGCUCUUCAACGUCGCUUUCGCUGCAGGCACCAUCGCGGGGCCGCUUAUGGCUGGAUAUAUAAAAGAGCAUGCGGGCUGGGGGACGAUGGGCUGGAGUCUUGGUGUUAUAAGUGCCGCGACGAGUAUUCCGGUGUUUCUGGUCACGGGGGGUUGGGUUGGGACUUGGAAUCGACGAAGAGCUGACUAG